GUCAGAAGUUGCAUUUCAUAGAGUUUACAUGCGACGUCCCUCUACACAAGUUUACCCAUGAAAGCAGUGUGACAAAAAACUAACUGUUCAUUUCAAUGGAAAAAGCUGCAUAUAUACUUGUAACAAACAGAAGACUAGACGGUGUGAAUAGUGCACACUUGAUGCUAUUUUGGGGGAUUAAAAAAAGAGUACAGUUACAAAAAAUAACUCAUGGAUGACUUUUUUGACUGUCAGAAAAACCACAAACUGUUUAUUGUGUAGACUGAAACUCAAGAUGCAUGCAAGACAGUUGAUUGUUCACGCAGGAAAAUUAAGGCUUUGUGAAACUUUAUCAGAGAGCAUAGAACUUGUACCUUUAUACUUUACUUAUGUGAACAUGAAGUGCAGUAUUUUACAGUGUGCUUGUGUUUUGAGUGCAUACGUUUAAUUUUUGGCAGUGAAGAACAGCUUGCUUAAUGAUCUGGAAAUGAAUAUUUUAUCUGAAAUGUGAAGGACUGAAUUCCCGCUCAGUCCAGCACUUGAUUUGACAAAAGUGUGCAGAAUCGAUGUCACAGCACUGUCAGGACAAGUUAAUUCAGUAUUAAUUUAAUGUUCUUGUGACACAAAACAGCAACAACUUGUGGAGAUAUAUCUUCCCCAGUGGUUGGAUGAUUCUACAAAAUGCCGAUGCUAAGCAACUCUGUACCCCACUCCCCGAGGACAUCGUCUAAUGGUCAUGUGACUUAUGGUGUGUUUUGUCUUGUUGGCUGUGAUAGGUUCGGUGUCCAGCCCAGGAACGGCAUUGUGGUGAAAGUGUACGAUGGAAGGGUGUGGCCUGUGACGGUGUUCGGAGAUGUUUACAUCACCACAGAGUUCACAGCCCAGCUGGUCAUCCACCAUCUCCUGUCCAGUUCCUUACCCAAGAAGCAACUGGUCAAGUACACACUGGCUGUGGGGACCAGUCAAGGCAAAAUUCAGCGAUUUCUCAAUGACGUUGAACAGCCUGUUAGAGUGUUGCAAGAUCCUCAGUUAAGAUCAGCUGACGACGUCUGCUUUCUGAUCGUCAAGAAACCGAAAGCCGUGAAGAAGCCUAUGUUCCGUUCCUUAUCCUGGGCCAGUAUUAACAAAUCUGCUUCAAGGGAACAAAUGAAUCAAGGCGAAGGAUUGUUCUCAACGGAUGGCAGAAAACAGAAAAAAUAUAGACUCAAGAAGAAAAAAGAUGGUAAGAUAACCUCAUCCGAUGCCCAAGGAAGCUCUGACACUACAAGUAGUGAGGAGUACCUACACCACAUAGGGAGCAACUUGACGUCCACACCAAUCAAGGGAGGCAACUUCACUUACUCAAACAGACAUGAUAAACUUGUUAAAGGUGCAUCACACAGCAAUCCAUUGACGUUUUCAAAUGGCCAGUCUACAAAUGCUAAAAUGCAGAGUGGCAAUUUUGCACCAUCUGGAAUGCCCCAGAACAGCAGUUUGACGUCAUUUUAUAGUUGUGACGAUAUACGUAAAGCCGCGCCACCCAGUUCCGAUUCAGAAUCCGAAAUGUCGUCCACAGAAAUUGUGGAAGAUCCGCACAGGAGCCAACCACCAAAAUAUUCAGACCAUAAAUCUAGUCUUGCCCAAGAGCAACAAGAGGCAGAAGAUACGCUGUCUGAUUUGCAAGUUGUUCUUCGGACACGUAGCCUCGGCGACCUGACAACGAAUCAGGGUCUGUCCUUAGCUGCAGCACCCUCGGGGCUGCGAGAAAGUUGGCACGAAGGCGAGGUGCAGGAGCGGUAUGUCCGCAGUGCUGGAAGUUCACGGACAGUCAUUGUGAAUCCACCCACGCUGAAGAGAGACAUCCCACGACAGCGCCCCAGCCGGCAGAAUCGCAGGAGCUGCGUUGCAAGGAUUGAGGACAAGGAAAACCAUGAUUACCUGGAAGAUUUCUACGGACGAAGUCUUCAGAAGACGCCACGGCAGCGACGGAGUUUGCCACAGAUACCUAACAACGACAUUGAUGAGAAGAAGAGACGCUUCGCAGAGCUCAUGAUGCGGCGCUUGACAGUAUGCAAUGGGGAAAUCGCGACAUAUUUGCAGGACUCAAGCCAGUAUACGGGAAGCUUGAACGAAAUUCGUGAUGGCAGAUACAUCAGUAAUGCUCAUAUUCAUUUGACACCCAGUGACAGCAUGAACUCUCAGCCAGAUUUAUCUCCCCCUAGUGAUCAGGAAUUUGACCCCCAAAAUCGUUACCAGGGGUCACCAGUGCCCAUGAUCUCUACCCCCAGGUCCCCGGAGUCUCUCUUGCGGGGAGGCUACCCACAGAACAGUGUUCGCAGGCGCACUCCAGAUCCUUUUAAUGAUUCGCCCAACAUGCAGCGAAUACCUGUAUUCCAGGAGAGAGAAACGACUCAUACGCCGCUCAGUCGCAUUGCAAAAUCAGACUCGCGCCAAUAUCAAAUGCCUCGGUCACGUGUUGCUUUAAUCGAUUCCCAGACAGAUCCGGAUUUUCACUCCGAAAGACCCCCCAGUUACCAUGGCAACAACCACCAAAUUUACCAAGGAAAUGGUGGCCAUGAUUACCCAGUAGAUUUUAAUUACAAAAGAAGGCCAGGGCCAAAUUACUCUGGGAACUACGCAUCUGGUUACUAUGGAAAUGAUGGACAAAAUUACCAAGGAAGCAGAGAGUCUCUUUACCGAGGCCGUAAAGCUCAUAGUUACCAUGGUAACAUAACCUCAAAUGUUGGUGGUAAUAAUCCUUAUGGAACAUUACCUCGAGGAAUCGUGAAUUCUGGGAAUUAUGCCCUGGAAGAUUUGUCGCAGUUUUCGACGUUCCCUAGAUCUGAUAAAAAUAGUAAUAGUAAUGGUAACCAUGGACAGAGACCACCGGUUAUCUCCCCUGGCAAGCCGCUCAGUGACACUGGCAGUGAUCCAGGCCAGACGAACUUAAACUCACGCGGGAGCAUGGUCGAUUCUGGCUACGGUACAAAUGGAGAGUCAGACUACGGGUUUGUUCCGGGUCGUCCUCUUCAUCCCCAGAAAGUGUAUGCCAAAGAGCAUCAUGGUAAACUCAAGCAAAGCAGUAACGAAUUCAACAAAAGCCCUGACGGUAGUUUUGAGCGAAACUCGCUAGAAUCUCCUCCAGACCCAGUGACAACAAACCCGGCUCCGUCCUUCCAUCAGUUACUGAGCGCAUGCAGUAUUCAUGCCGUGCGGCUGACGUUGCCUCCGAAAAAAGUUGCGGCCGAUUUGAUUCAUAUUCAUGAGGACUCCAUAAAUCUGCCUAACCCGCGGCACAACAAUGGGGAUAAAAUUGGAGACAGCCCAAAAGGGCGUUAUGCCUUAGGUCUGGGAGGACCGGGAAGUGCUUUCCGCCGUGUGAGGAGUAAUAUACGGGAUGUUAAAUGUUAUAAUCUGGUGUCAGUGGAAAACAUCAACAAAAACUGCCAGCCCAAGCAAGGGGAGGUUACCGUGGAUAAAGGAGAUUUCCUCAUUGAGAUUAAUGGCCAAGUGACUCUAGGCUUGGACUUCUCCACAGUUCUGUCUCUACUGGAGUCUGUGCAAGGGGGACAACUAGAGCUUGUGGUUGCCAGAAGAAAGCCAGCAGAACGGAUCCCAGAAACUUUAUCCAGUGAAAUUUCCAAGCUGCGGCAACAGUGUGCCUAUUUAAUUACCGAAGUGAAAAGCAAGGAGCAGAUAAUUACGGAUUUAUCGACAGUUGGUCAUGAAGAAUCUAGUCCUCGGCAGUCCCAGAGCCUCACUCUGGAUCCACCAAUCAGCAGGCAGGAGACCUACUACACGUGCGAACUCAGUGAGGACGAAUUCAUUGUUUAGUGGAUUUUACAACAUGUUCGUUUAUAGUGGAUUUUACAACAUGUUCGUUUAUAGUGGAUUUUUACCUCUAUUCAAACUUAUCAGAAUUUUCAUGGAGAGUUUUCAGUGAUGCAGAUUUUAAAGUUAUCAAUUUUUUUGUGGCAUUUAUAGUGAAAUUGUGCUGUUUUUAUUUGGCACAAAUGGAACAGAAUUAAAGAGCUCUGCAGUUUGUGUACAAAACCUGUGACCCUGUGUCAACUGUGGAUGACUUACAUGUGCCCACAUGGAACUAUGAACUGUGCUGUAACCAUAGUUAUAUCAUAUUCUGAUGCCUGAUAUGGAGCUGCUGACUUACAUUAAUAGGGGUGGACAAGUUGUUGUUUCUAGAUGUCCAAUGCAUUUAGGCUGUGGUUUAUUGUUGUUGUUUUUUUUUUUUCUUUCUUAUUUAUGUCAUUAAUUUGCAUAUCUACCACAAGAUAGAUUUGCCUCAUUAGACAUUGUGAUAAGGGUACCAAGCUGCCAUGUCAUGUAUGUGUAUAUUUCAAUCCAAGUGUGAAAGUUUUCUCAUGAUUUUUGUGUGAAUGUUUCAUGAAUUGUAUGCAGUACAUACAAAGUUGAUCUUUCAAAAAUGUGGCAUAGCUCCUGGUUGGUUGAUUGCUGGCAUGUGAUAUGUAGAAAAUGUUUGAUUACAACAAGUGGCUUACUCCUUUCUUCUUAAUAUAAGUAGUAAUUUUGAAAGGGGAGUGCCUGCAUUAGAAUCACUGUUGGGGCUUUUUGUUUUAAAUGCCAUUGUAUUUUGGCAAAGUUAGAAAGCAAGGGUGAUCCAUGGUGUAGUAUUAGGAAGGGUCAUUGUCUUCAUUCAGAAAAACACACUCUUCACUUUUAGUUCUCUAUCACGUUAUUUUAAACAUAACAAAAUUCUUUGGUUGGACGAUUUAAUUUCAUUAUGUCUAAGCCAUUAAGGUAGAGAAAAUUUCCUGGUUUUUAAGACAUAUUUAAAAUAGUUUUAAAUGGAGAAAAGCAACACAAUCAGUAAAUGGGGAAAAAACAUGAAAAAAAUAUCCAAUUUUCAUGGGAAAUACAGUAUUUUAGUUGUCAAGAUGUUUAUUCUGUGCUAAAAAUCAAAUGGCCACAUUCUAAAUUUAGAACAGUUAUUCAACAUUAAAAUCAUUUUCUACUUAGAGGGAACAACAUCUCUCAGUAUUGGUUUUACUGAUAUUUUGCAUUAAGCUUCUUCACUGGAGUUGGUUUCUUGCUUGAGAAGGAGUUCAAGCCUUUCUGUGUAUAUAAACCAUGAGAAUAAUGUGUCUUGCUGACAGUAAACUGUCUUAACUUUCUUUGAACAUCUCUGGUCUUGCACCAAUAUUUUGUGCAUGCAUGUAUCUGUAUGCGUGGCUGCCAAAGUUUGUCAGUAGCUUGCCAAAGUUUGGUGGUUUUUACCUUGCAGGUGACCUAUAUUGACCAGUGAGCUGAUCAAGACUUCAGAUGACAACACCUAGUCUGAAUUCAGAUGAGCUGGGUUAACUUUAGUUCAGCUUGACUGACAUUAGAUGAGCUUUUCUGACUUGAGAUUAUGAUGUGCAUGUCUAACUUUAGAUGAGCUUUCCUGGCGUCAGAUUAUGAUCUGCAUGUCUGACUUUAUGUGAGCUUUUCUGACUUCAGAUUAUGAUGUUCUUGUCUGACUUUAGAU